CGGGCGGGCUCACUCUCUCUCCGCAGCCGACGACUGCUGGGCCGUGGGCCGUCGGGCCGGGCCCCCGCGUGCUGCAGGGAGCCGAGGGGGAGGGAGGACCUGGGCCCUGCUUGUGUGGGCUUCGGUAGCCAGGAACUUGCAACUCUCCGGGUCGGCGGCCCUCGGUCAGAAAAGUGCUGCAGUGCGACCCCUAGAGACCCGGCUGUUUUUCUAGGGGCUCCGUUAUUUGUGACCACAAUGACAAAUUUAGACAGUGAUGAUAUGCUAACUGACAAGCUUCAUAAGCCCAAGAGCUCGAAAGAAUGGUUGGAACCACAGCCACUUCAUCUUAUGGAGGUAUUAGCUAAAGAAGAUAUUGAUGCAGCUAUUCAAUCAAUAUUAUAUAGAGAAAAUCAUGUAAUUAAGGAACUAGAUAAGUAUUUACAACAUCAUGACUUCUUAAAUGCAAGAAGAAAAGAGAGGUUAUAUAAACGAUGGACUGACCACGUGGCAGAUCCUCUCCAGAAGAAAAUUAUAGAAAAAGUUUGUUCACAUAAGAAUAUUAAAAAAAGGAGACAAGAAGAAUUAGAUGGUUUUUUAAAACAUGUAAAUAAAAAGGGAAAUGCAUUUAUAGAGCAUUAUGAUCCGAAAGAGUAUGAUCCUUUUUAUAUGAACAAAGAGGACCCGAAUUUUCUGAAGGUUACCAUUCCACCAUUUCGUGAUCCUUUGAAAAAGGCACAAUAUGACAAAGAUGAUGAUAAAAGAACUCUUCUUCAGUGUGAGACUGGCAAAAUAUGUACAAUGAAAGAAUUUAAAGAGGUUGAGAAGGCCAAACUGCAUUCCAGGUUUCCAAGAAUUUCUAAUUCAAGGCACUUUAUGACUCCAAAUAAAUGGCUUAUGCUGCCUACAACCUACAUAGAAAGUGAAUUUUGUAAAAGGAGCAGGUUAAAAGUGAAAGUGAAUUUUAACAAUGGUAAUUUUGAUUUGAAACCCGUGGCAAGAGCUCCUCAUCCCCUGGAAUCUCAAGAAGCAGGAAAAGCACUCAUUUACAAAAACAAAGGAUCAUCCUUUCUGGAAAAAGAGCCUCUAUGUUUUCAUGAGGAAAAGAAACCAAGUCCCAAAGAGGUCAACUCUGAAGGGCACUUUUCUUCCAUGGCCCUCAGCCAAGAAAUAGAAAGGGAUGAGGACCAGGAUGCGUUCCUUACUCCCACCCCCAGAAGAUAA